AUGGACCGCGAAUUCGAGUUGGCCGUGGACGAGUCGGUCAGAGAGGCCCUGGAGACCAAUCAAACAGAUGAUGGUACCGGACCUGAAAUCAUACAGCGCACCAUUGCUGACACAUGGGUCCCCACAUUCAUCUACCAAUUCUUCGUCCAAAACGCCGAUUUGCGCCAAAGUGUUAUUGACUUUGUUUGCCAACACCGGCCUGGAACAAAUCCUAGGCUGGGCGAUCCCUACAGAUUUGGCUCUUACAACUUCAAUAUCGAGAUAAUCUUUGACGAUGGGAUUGCCCUUUUCAGGUUCCCGAUUCCGGGGGUUGUCGUUUACCCCGAUGACAAGGUCAAGGCUGAAGUUGCAACUAUUCGCUACGUCGCUGAUCGUACAACUAUCCCGGUGCCGCACAUCUACCAUUGGGGAACGGCAGCACAAAAUCCCACUGGUCUCCAUGUGCCCUUCAUGAUCAUGGAUCACAUCCCACAUGCUACCACCGUGGGUCAGGCACUCGAAGACCCCGACUUCACAAUCCCAGCCAUACCGGAAUCAGAGAAACGGGAAUAUCUUUACCAGCAAAUGGCUGAGAUCUCAUCGCAGCUCUACAACCUCACCUCAGACAGAAUCGGCUCGCUUGGUAUCCUCGACAAUGGCGAGUACGCAGUCGCUUCGGCACCUCUUUCGCACAACACCGCCUACCAGGUUGUUAAUUUCGGCGUUCCCGUCGCUGUGCUUCCCGCUUGCGACAAAACCUAUGUCUCAUCGACCGAUUAUUUCACAGACUCAACGAAUAUGGCGAUUGCAGCGCUUCUGUUCAUGAACGAGAAAUAUAUCGAAUCUGUUACAGACUGCAGAGACAAAUUCGUUGCUCGCUGCCUUAUGCGGGAUACAGUGCUCCGACGACAGAACAGCACUGGUAAAUCUGACCAGCCCAGCCCCAAUGCGGGAGCGCAGACAGACCAGCGCCAUGAGACGUUCAGAUUGUGGGGGGACGAUUUCCGCCCAGAGAAUGUCUUGCUGGACGAAAACGGAGUGGUGGUAGGAGUUUUCGACUGGGAAUACACAUACUUUGCCCCCGAGACGUAUUGGGUGAACCCUCCUUGGUGGUUACCGCUCGAGGUCGUGGACAAUUACAUUGAUGAAGAUGCUGAUUCACCCACAUCGGAUCAAGAGGAGUUAACACGCUCUGAAAAGGACGAAGAGGAGUCACCACACGCUGAAAGGGAUGAAGAGGAGUUACCGCAUGCUGAAAAGGAUGAACAGGGUCAAGGCGACGGAAAUUUUCAAGAGAAAUGGGAUGAACUGGUGAGAACAUACCUGCGCGCUCUGGAGAAAGCGGAAAAGAAGCUGCAAAGCAAUCAACAGGACCGGCUCCUGGGAAAUCAUCUCCGCUCAGGUUCCAGCAAAGACCAGGCGACUGCUGCACCCAUCGCACAUCAAACUCCCCUUUCUCAGCUCAUGAGACACCGCUGGGACGAGGAAAAACAGGAGUUUGCCCUCACCACUUCUUUGGCCCAGAAUUUUCUUUUCGACAAUUUCGUUUGGGACUACGUUGACGAGGCCUACUGGGGAGAGAACGUUGGGGGAGGGCAUGAGGGAAGGCUCGGGCUGCUCAGUGCUCCAUGCAGGAUGCUGGUGGACUGGUUUGUCCAUCGACGAGCGGAGGAGAAGCAGAAGUGGGACCCAAAAGCCCUUCUGGACCAGAUCCUGGGGCAAAUGGAUGGCAAAUCUUCGGAACUCGUCAUGGAAGACGAUUUGAGAAAAGGCUAG